AUGAUAAGUGUAGUAAAGAACAAGAGCUUCGGUUGGCGCCAAAUUGUCCUCAGGGAAAAUAGUAAAGCCAGAUGUAGUAAAGCCAGAUGUAGUGCAGCACCGGCUCCUAGCGCCGCUUCAGGUGUUGAAAAAUCAUCUCGAAGUUAUUCCGGUGGGAACCCGGUGUGCCCACGAGAAACACCAAAAUGGCAGAAACCAAUAACUACAUUUGUGUAUGCUAAACCAAAGAAUAUAAUCGAUCCGGAGGAUGCGAGCACCUCAAAAUCCAAACCGAAACGCAGAGUCGUGUAUUCGGACGACGAAGACAGUUCAAAGGAGAAUAACAUGAAUGGAGCUAAUGAAGGAGUGGAAAAAGAAAGGAUGGAGAGUCAGGUAUACGACGAGAUCCCGGAAAUGGCAGAUAAUGGCGAACAAAGUGGGUUUGUAAACGCCGAAAGUGAGCUAAUUGAUAUGAGUGAAACAGACGCUACUAGUAAGAACACGCUACGCAACGAAAACUCCAAAGGUGAGAUCAAUGAAGAUAUAGAGAGUCAAGUUUACGAAGUAAUCGACUACAAUGUAACCCACUCGCCGCCUAAAAACAGAGAACUAGAUGAAUCGAUUAUUCUAGAACCGCUCAACGGCGACGAUAGCCACAAAAUAGAAGAAUAUUACAAAAAAGUUACGAAAAAAGGGAAAGGAGUGGGGAAGAGGAGUGAAAAUAAUAAUAGGGUUUCUAAACGUAACUUGGAAGAAGACGAAUCGUUAGAAACUACUAGUAAGAGAAUAAGGGUCGACUGA